UGAGGCUGUUUGUCAGCGAGUCAGUCGCUUCCGAAGUUCUCCAAACACAACAUGGCUCUAACAUAUAUUCUCUUUCAAGUGGUAGUCGCUCUGUUGGCCGUCGCCACCUACAUCUUGCAUCGGCGGUUAACAUACUUUAAACGCCGUGGUAUACCAUACGAUCCUCCGCAUCCUUUAAAGGGAAACCUUCAGGGACUGAUGAAGACCAAAGGCUUCCACGAAGUCUUACGCGAUCACUACAACAAGUUCAAGGACGUCAAAGCCCCUUUUGUGGGUUUCUAUAUUUUCCAAAAACCCGCUGUACUCGUCAAAGACCAGGAACUGGCCAAGAACAUCCUGAUCAAGGACUUUUCCAACUUCUCCGAGAAGGGAUUGUACUACAAUGAGAAGGAUGACCCCAUUUCGGCACAUCUCUUUAAUCUGGAUGGACCCAAGUGGCGGUCACUUCGGAGCAAACUAUCGUCGACCUUCACUUCCGGAAAGAUGAAGUACAUGUAUCCCACAGUGGUGUCUGUGGCCAACGAAUUCAUCGCCGUGAUGAACGAAAAAGUGGAGCAGAACUCGGUCCUGGAUAUUCGCGAUCUGGUGGCCAGGUUCACGGUGGAUGUGAUCGGCACGUGUGCCUUCGGCAUCCAGUGCAACAGCUUGCGGGAUGAGAAGGCCGAGUUCCUGCAGUUUGGAAAGAGAAGCCUGGUGGAGAAACGUCAUGGUGUCUUGAUACUGGGAUUCAUGCGAACCUAUCCAAAACUCGCCAAGAAACUGGGUUUUGUGAGAACUGCCAAACCUAUUCAGGACUUCUACCGUCGGAUUGUAACGGAGACAGUGACUAUUCGCGAAAAGGAAAAUAUACGGAGGAAUGACUUCAUGGACAUGCUGAUCGACAUGAAAAACAAAAAAGAAUUGACCCUGGAGAACGGCGAAGUGGUCAAGGGCCUGACUAUGGACGAGGUGCUGGCCCAAGCCUUUGUGUUCUUCAUUGCUGGGUUCGAGACCUCCUCGUCCACGAUGGGUUAUGCUUUGUACGAGCUGGCCAAAAACCCCCAGAUCCAAGACAAGCUAAGAGCUGAAAUCAAUGAUGUGCUAGUGGAACACAACAAGGAGCUUACCUAUGAGUGCAUCAAGGACCUUCACUACCUCCACCAGGUUAUAAAUGAAACUCUACGUCGUUACACUAUUGUUCCACAACUGGAUCGCAUGGCCAAAAAUCGUUACGUAAUUCCUGGCCACCCGAACUUUGUCAUCGAAGCUGGUCAGUCAGUCGUCAUUCCCUCAUCUGCCAUGCACCUCGAUCCGGAUAUCUACCCCGAACCGUAUGAGUUCCGCCCUGAAAGAUUCUCUCCCCAGGAAUCGGCCAACCGAUCCUCAGUGGCGUGGCUGCCCUUUGGUGAUGGUCCCCGGAACUGCAUUGGCCUGAGAUUUGGACAGAUGCAGGCCCGUAUCGGACUGGCUCUGCUCAUUAAGAACUUCAAGUUCUCCACCUGCCCCGAUACUCCAGAUCCUUUAGUCUACGAUCCGAAAUCAUUUGUCCUCAGCGUAAAGGACGGAAUUCACCUCAAACUGGAGAAAGUUCCCCAAUAAUCUCCUAAAAGCCAUCAAUAUUGUGCCAAAUAUUAUAGAUAACAAAAAGCGGACUUUUGUUUACAUAUUUAGACUAGAUUAGAAGUGUUUAGUCUUGUUUGAUUAAACUAGAUUACAUAAACAUAGUUGGGGUAGGCUCUGGACCCCUUGCUUUGCA